AUGACCAGUUCUUCAGUUUGUUGCCCACAGCUGCCAGCCAUGUCUUCAAAGGGACCCUAUAUCAAUGGUUAUAACUACAGUAAUGGUGAUGUUCCCCUAUGUCAGGGGCACAUUCUUGUGACUGGUGGUGCUGGCUAUAUCGGUUCAACAUUGGUGCCAAUGUUGUUAGAGAAAGGAUAUGAAGUAACAGUAUAUGAUCUGUUCUUGUGGGGAAUAAGUCCUCUACUUCCUGUCGCAGAGCACCCCAGGAUUCACAUUGUUAAAGGAGACAUCCUAGACAAGGUUAAAUUGGAACAGGUUAUGGAAGGUAAGAUGGCAGUGAUCCACUUGGCUGCUAUUGUUGGGUAUCCUGCCUGUGACAAGGACAAAGUCCGUGCCCAGGAGGUGAAUGUGGAAGGCACCAGGAAUAUCACACUGUUGAAAAAACCCAACCAAGCGUUGGUAUAUGCAAGCACUGGUUCAUGUUAUGGGGCAGUUGAUGGGGUCUGUACAGAAGAAACAGAGAUCAGCCCUCUUUCACUUUAUGGCUCAAGUAAAGCUGGCGGUGAGAGUCUUGUUCUCGGUGUCAGCGGAACUGCUCUGCGCCUGGCCACUGUGUUUGGUGUUUCUCCACGCAUGAGACUGGAUCUGCUUGUCAAUGAUUUGGCUUUUAAAGCCUUGACUGUUAAACACUUUGACUUGUAUGAAGGUCAUUUUCGCAGAACAUUCCUCCAUGUUCGUGAUGCUGCUAGAGCUUUUCUGUUUGCUGUUGAAAACACAAAACUAAUGUCAGGUCAGGCGUAUAAUGUUGGGGAUGAACGCAUGAACUUAACUAAAAAUGAGGUUGCUCAGGUUAUUCAGAGUCAUGUUCCAUCCUGCAAGAUCAUUCCUUCAACAACAGGUGAAGAUAAAGAUAAACGGGACUAUGAGGUAAGCUAUGAAAAAAUUAGGAAGCUUGGAUUCAGGUCUACAGUAUCAGUUGAUGAAGGUGUAAGACAUUUGCUUAAAGUCCUGCCAAACAUGUUGGAUUCUGAGGUUGAAAGAAGCAAGAAUGUUUAA